AUGAUACACCACCUCCUAAGCCAAGGCGCCGAAAAAAUAAUGCAACAAAUGAUAUGGUUGUGGAUCAGUCGAGCGAUAAUACAAUUGUACAUGAUGAUAUUGAGGAAAUUGGGAAAACAUUUGCUAAAACAACCCUGGAUACAUUGCCAUCACAACAGAAACGAGAGAUUACAAUACUAUUGUUGGGACAGUCUGGUGUGGGAAAGUCCACAUUUAUAAAUGCCCUGGUCAAUUAUUUAUCAUUUGAAAAUAUGGAUGAGGCGAAUGGACAACCAAUAUGUUUAAUACCCGUAAGCUUUACGAUAGCGGAUCCAAUGACAGUUAGACCAGUGAGCGUAACACUGGGUGACCAGGAUUUCGAUGAAAAUACUGCUGACCCGACUAAAUCGGCCACAAAAAUACCGAAAUGCUAUAAAUUUCAAAACGAUAAUAUUGUGCUCAAUAUAAUCGAUACGCCGGGAGUUGCGGACACGGCUGGUGUGGAUAAGGAUCAGACACAUAUGCAAAAUAUAUUGGAUUUUAUUAGCAAUUAUCGGGAAAUAAACGCCUUUUGUGUGCUUUUAAAGCCAAACGAUGCGAAGGUUGACGUCGUGUUUAAGUAUUGUAUGUUUCAAUUGUUCACUCAUUUGAAUAAAAGCGCCGCAAAUAAUAUACUUUUUCUGUUCACAAACUCCCGGAGCACUCAUUAUUUGCCCGGAGAUUCCGGUCCGGCUUUGAUCAGCCUUUUGGAUCAAAUAAAGGAAAGACCGCCAAAUGUUGACAUCAUUUAUAACAAGAAGACUACUUAUUGUUUCGAUUCCGAGUCCUUUCGAUAUCUCGUGGCUUCGGUUCCGCCAAAUAAUAUACAGUUUGACUCGAAAUAUAAGUCUAGUUAUGUUGAAAGUUGGGAGAGGUCUGUCGAUGAAUGUAAGCGUUUAUUCAAUUACAUAACACAACUGCCGGCACACCAAGUGAUGGACACCCUAUCACUCAAUAACGCCAAACAAAUCAUACAAUUAUUAGCCAAACCGUUGGCCGACAUCACGAAGAAUAUAUCGGAUAACGUAAUGAAAUGCGAGAAACAUAUAACUAAACUCAAUGAGUAUAAGGGAUCCAUCGAAGAGCUACAGAAAAAGUUAUACAUACCGGUCGUUGACAUCGUAUCCGUACCGUUAGAUCGACCCAAGACUGUGUGCGGCGCUGACCAGUGCUGCAAACGUCAAACAAUUAAAGGGGUUACCGACACCAAAUACACCGAAUGCCAUUCACCAUGUUACCUACAAUUUUACAACUCCAAUAUUAUAGGUAGUAUGAGUUUAAUGAAAUGCAAAGCGUUCAACAAGGACAGUAACAAUGACCUAGCUCCUUAUGAAUCGAAACAAUCGUGGUUGCGUCAAACAUUUUUUGCUCAAAAAGGGUCAGAAAAUUGCCUAAAAUGUGGCCACAGUUACAAAAAGCACUUGACCUUGUUGUACGAGACACAGGCAAAAAUUAGCAAGGUCACCGACCAAGAAGUGGACACUAGGAUUAAGUCACAUGAAUCGGCUGUUGAGAUGAAGGAGCGACAGAUACAACGUCUGGCCCGACGUAUCGUCGAGUUGAACGAAGAAAGCGAUACAAUAGUCUACUCUAUGGCGACGUUUAUCUACUUUCUGGCCAACAAUGCGUUGACACCAAUAAACGACGCGUUCGAAGACUACGUCCAGCACUUCAUAGCAAACGAGCCGUACGCCCGAUCGCCCGGUGCCGACAAAUCUGUCACAAAUGUUAGAUUAUCGCAGGUUUUGGAAAAAUAUGAUCAUGAUAAAGUGUUACUUGAGGCGGCGAUUAAAUCACCUGAAGGUGAUAAGGUCAUUACGCUGGAUGAUAUUCACGAAUGCAUUGAUAAAUUGUGCAAGCUCAAAUAUAUGGGUAAAGUGAUUACUAAUAUGCUCAACGAAUUGAAGCAGAUGAAAGUGACCAUGCACGCAGAUCAGAAUCAGAUGAUUUACACCGCGCCGCCCGGUGCCAAAUUUAACAUGGAUAAAUUAAUUAAUGUUUAA